AAUGCUUCCCCGCGAAUAAAAAUGCAAAAGCAGCGCUUCACCUGUAGAGUGAAGCUUAACUGAGGAAGCGUUUAGCUACCGCCAUUUCUAGUCCAUUCGAAAAUGGCCACCAUUCCAGUUUUUAACCCGACUAUACCUUUUUUAGGGGAAAUUCCGUGCGGCCUAUUCCCGGGAAAGCGCCUUCACAUUCGUGGCCAGAUCACCACCGGUGACAUGUUUAACAUAAACAUCCAGUCAGGUGCGGCUAUCACUCCCCGCGACGACACACCGUUGCAUAUCAGCAUUCGACCCGGUGCUAGGACGGUUAUUUUGAAUACCUAUCAAAACGGUGCCUGGCAGCGUGAGGAAGACGGAAGGUGUCGCCUAUCCAAGGGUGACACUUUCAAAAUGCUUAUCAAAGUGAAAAAGUCGCACUACACGGUUAAAAUUGAUGGGAAAAAGAUUUGCAAAUUCAAACAUCGCCUUCCAGUGGAACAGGCUAAGUUUAUUCACGUGGGAGUGGGUGCUGUGAUAGAAUCCAUUACAGAGAGUACGUAAAGUGCGGCCGAAUUUCUGGUUGAAAUGUGUUUUAUUACUACUAUUAUCAAUUAAUCAGUUUUCAAUUAAGUUAGAUCGUUAUGAAGUAGAAAGAAUGCUAAUUACAAUAAGGGAACAGACCUGUUACAACACAUCAAAAAAUCCCGAAAGGGAUUUCGCUUG